AGGCUUCGCCGGCUCUAUGGUGCUCACCUUUCGCCGUGGCUGCCGCUGCUGCUGUGUCUCGGAGUCCGCAGGCGGGUCGGCAGGAAGCCCCCGCGUGGGCCGGGCCGGCUCCCUCGGAACCAGGGGGUCGUGUGAGCGCCAAGGGGUCUCGCCGGGAUCUUCGCAAGGCGGGCGGGUGCUGAGAUUGAGCAUCUGCCAGAUGGCUCUGUAUUAACACUUUGCCUAAAAAAGCCGUCUCCUUGCCUAUGCAGUAUCUCUAAGGAACCAUUUUAACAUUAGAAAAUGAGCUGAAAAUCAUUUACCCAAACUGGAUAUAAAGUUCAUUUUUUCCAGAGUUCUAAUGGAUGACAGGGAAUCUCCUACAAAUGACCAGCAGUUAAAUUUACAAGACUUCCUUCAUAUUGACACACACAUCGAAAGGAUCAAGACUUGCUUGACUUCCCCAGAUGAAAAUAAAAAUCAGCUUAAUGACAGCAAACCUGAUGCCCUGAAGAGCAGUGACGCCAGAAUGGGAAGAGUUGAGCAGGACAGCAUAAAUAAUAAUGAGAACAGUGGAGACUACACUUCUUCCUGCCAAGAUGAUGAAAGUGAUAAGCCAUGUAGAAGUUUCACUGCAGAUGAAACGCUUGUUCUAGAAAAAUGCACUUCUGAAAAAAGGAUUUUGAAAAAAACACAAAAUUUCAGCAGGAAAGACACUAAUCAAGCCAAGCAAGAGAAAACUGAUGUUGAAACCACAGUUUUUGAACACAAUGAAGACAGACACGAGACAAAUGCAAACUGUUCUCAAAAGGAUCCAAGCCAGACCUUACAGGCCCUCUUCUCUCUCCUUCGGGAAGAAUUUGAGCAGAUGGAUUCACAAGUGCUACCCCUGUGUCUGCACCAGAUUGCUGAAACCUAUUUUCAAGAUGGAGAAUAUGAGAAAGCUAUGAAAUUCAUUCAGCUUGAACGCUUAUAUCAUGAGCAGUUACUUGCAAACCUUUCUUCUAUUCAACAGCAGUGGGAAAAAAAAUGGAAAGCAGCAGCAUCCAAUGAGAUUCCACAGGCAAAAUGUUCUACUAAAGGUCUGAAUAACAGAGAGUUAGACAGACUCGCUGAACUGUGCACAUCACAUCAAGAACCACUUGUCUCUAGAAGCAAGGUGAUAAGUAAAGAAAAAUCCUUGAAACAUGAACGUUUCUUGGGUUUAAUGGUAUCAGAAGAUUUAAGAGAAAGAGGUGCUGCUGCUGCAUUUGAUUCAGAUAUACAAUCUUGGCCUGGCAUUAGACCAAAGAAAGAGAAUCAUCACAGAAAGACAGAGAGGAGUGAGAGUUUCCAGCCUGAAAAUCAUUGUGUGCUUCAGGAGAAGGCAAGUCGUCAGCUAGCUCUGGGGAAGGACCACAUGGAGGAGGAGCACUGCAUUGCUGAAUCAACACUGGAGCCACCCACAAAGGCCACAGGGAAACCAGACACACCUAGCUCUAGCUGUUUAUCUUCUAGGGAUGCUGGGGAAGAUGACAGUCUGCAGCUAAGAGAAGAACUGUGCUCUGAGGAUGUAGCAAAAAUAGAAGCAGCUGCUGAGGAGUCUGCAGCAGAGCGUUCUCCUGAGCCAAUGGUAGACACAUUGGUUUUGACAGAUGCUGAUUAUGUACCUCCUGAUUUAAUUUCCUCAGAUGACAAUGUUCCAUCUGAAAGAAACUUCCUCAGAUCAAAACAGUAUUCUGGUUCUGUAGAAACUUCCACCAGCCAGCUAGCAAGUUGUGUAUUAAAUCAACAGCAACCUGAUUAUGGAAACGAUAGGAAAUCUGUGCGGAGCAGAACACCAGCUGUCAGUGGGGAUGUGUGCUCUGAAAGCAAUACGCCUGAGCAGACCUGUGCUGCAUUUGAAGGGAUGCAAGAGGAAAAAGCAGUACUAGAAGAAGAAUGCGAGAAAGAAGAUCCGGAAGACUUAUUGGACAGGUUUUUAAAUGGUAGCAUAAAAGACAGAGAGGAGUCCCUCGAACACAAUCUCCAAGAAUGCCAGGGAGACUAUGAAAUUCUUCCACAUAUUCCACCAGAACAAGCACUUUAUAAUUCAUCAGAUGGUUAUUCACUGGAGGAAAACUUUUCUUCACUUGAUGAACUCGCAAAACGGAUAGAGAUUGCAGAGACUGUUCCUGCAGAGGGACUUGUAUCCAUAUUAAAGAAAAGAGAUGACACGGAGAGCAAAACACUAGCACAAAUGCAGCAGAGACAGUCCAAAAGAAGAGUGAGGUUCCAAGAAAUAGACGACACAUUAGAUCCAGAGGAAGUUGGAGGUGGCUCCUGCAUACUGCUGAUGUUAUUGUGCGUAGCAACUGUAUUCCUUAGUAUUGGAGGAACAGCAUUGUACUGCAGUUUUGGCAAUGCAGAAUCCCCGGUAUGUAUUGACUUUGCAGCCAACGUGGACUUCUAUUAUACCCGAAUACUGCAGGCUAUAGAGGAACUUAAGCACUGGAUAUCCUUUUCAUAGAGAAAAUGCUGGCACUUCCCUGACAACUGCUAAAGACAGAAAACUGCUUCAAGCAUCUUAUAACACGGCACUUUCAGAAGAUGAACAGUAAAGUACAUAAAAAACACCUAUGGUCUAUGUAGGAGCUACUUUCCAGUAAUAAGGAGUAUAUAAAUGGAAUUCAUGUUAAAUUAUCAUGAGAACUGACUGUCAUAAUGUUUCUCUUUUGAAACACUUCGCACAGCCACUCUUCCUUGAAAAAUGAAGAAGAAAGAAAAAGUGGCUACCCUCUGUACAGUUUCCAGUCCAGACAUAACCAUAUGCAAUUUACAUAAAGUUACUGCAAGACUGUUUGUUUUUUUCCCUAGCUGAUCAAAAAAAAUAUUGUCUCAAUCAUGCAAUAAGUCCACGUUUUAUGGGUUUGGUUAAUGUCUGUCUUUUUAAAUUCUAGCAAGUCAUAUAAUUUGAUUGGAGUAACAGCCAGGUCUAGGUGUUUGCCUUGCAUUUCAGAAUGUAGCAGCUGUCAUAAGUGGUGCAUCCGUUGCUUCAUAUAUAGCACUAGCAAACUGGAGCUUUUUAAGUAAAUUCCUAAAAAGUGGAUUUUAAAAACUAAUACACAGAACAAAAUACAGGAUGUUAAUGUAUCUUACUGAAAACAGUUCAAAGUACCAACUUUGUUCUUUAAAAAAGGUCACUUGGGCCACUUCUCACAUUUUAUUUUUUGCUGUUAUAAGAGUAGUACACUUUACAGUGACAGAUAUGUAAAAUGAACAAAAUUGGCUUUAGAUGAUUAUUUGUUAUAUUUAUAGUAUACCCCAUAUUUCCUCCAAUAAACUCAAGGCUGUUUUUUACUCAACCAGAUUAUGAAGGGAAAAGAUAUCUCAGUAAUUAUGCAAAGAUAUAAACAUAUCCACUGGCUACCUGAGAUGCAUCUCCCGAAAGGACUAAGGAAGACGAAGCCAGAUUUAAUUGGCUUCACUCCCCUGACCAAAUAGUGUCAGGAGCUGCCCCAGUGACACAGCUGCACCACUGCCUCCUUCUGGCUGUUGAGCUAAGAUUAUGUUGUCUUCACAACCCCACAGUAAAUUGUGUGCAUUUCCCCCCUUUUCUUGCCCACAAUUACUAUUUUUUUAAGUGAGCUUGCUGUUUUAGUCUGUUUUAGCAAGACCAAAAACCCAAUCCAAAUAUUUUUUAAAAAAAUCUCAGCACCAAAUGUAUUGCAGCACCUUCAAGACUAACAAAUUUAUGUCUGUAUGAGCUUUCAUAAAUUACAGGCCAUUUCUUCAGACACAUCUAUCUUCACGUGUCUGACAAAGCAGAUUGUGAUCUACAUAAAUUCACACUGGAAAAAAUUACUAGCCUUGAAGGUGCCACAAUACAUAUGUAUGUGUUUUUGCUAAGCUGUUUUAAACAACCUAAAUGAUGGAUUGAAAUGGAUUAAAUGAGAUUGACAUUUAAAACAAAAAUAAGAAACAGGAAUAGCACCAAUUGAAAACUGCACUAAAUUUAACUGCAUACUAGCAUGGUUGGUUAAUGUUUAGGGCUCGCAAUUCGGAACUUUCUGCCUGUAGGGAAUACUUCAUUGUGGAUUCUCCUGGAUAAGUCCUACCUAUGAUAGAAUUGUCCGGGCAUGAUUUAAGUUACAAUGCUCAACAGAUACAAGGCACUCAACAUCUCCCAUCAUGACUGGGUAAUUUCCAAGAACCCUAAAGUGGGAGGUGGUUGAGUGGAACACAACCUCAGCUGGCCAACUCUUGUGCCUUAGAACUUUCCCAGUCUAUCCCAGUGCCUGCAAGACUUGUGCUCAGUAUUUAUGAUCAAACUGUGUUUUGAGCAGCAUCUCUCCAUAGUUGUUCUCUUUUGGGACCCAAGAUUCCCUGUAAGAUAGUCUGAAAACAGUGAUGUAGGGAGCAGAUAACAAGUAUGGAGCUCUUCAGUAUUUUGCUUCACACUUCAAUAAUUGUUGAAUAUGAGACACAGAAGGCAUUCUGUAGGAUUCUCUACAAAUUUUAGUAAGCCUUAUCUUGAUUUAAAAAGUGAACUGUCAUGUGCCACAGAGGUCUGAUAUUCAAGAAAUGCAAAAUACACCCCACUGAAUAUCCCUAAAUAAUUGUUCCAUAUUUCAAUGAAUCUUGGAUAACAUACAUAAAAUGCAUCUAGAAAAAGCAAAGCAAAAACAAAGCGUGCCGCUUAUAUACCUUCCCAUAGUGCUUCAAGCACUAUCUGGGC